CAUAUUUGAACAGGCUCCUAUGACUCAUGUCGGAUUGCUGCUUCCUUUACUUGGGAUGAACAAAUCAUCAACCUGGUCUUGUCUCAAAGUUUCUAGCCCUUGACGCAACCCCGCUGUCAACUUGUUUGCCUAGAUUUGCGAACCCUGUCGACUGUUUGAGCCGCAUGGCACAUCCUUCAAUGACAGCUAUCUCCGCCGCCCACGGGCCAUUGGAUGUCUCCAUCUGCUCUCGCAUCUGCCUUCAGGAAAAGACCGCCAUUAUUAAUAUAUUCUAAUUCCGCCCCCAACACACACUCCUCCAGCCCUCUUUCUUGCCUGCUUAGUAUUGCUUCAGCACUUGUAAGGUUACCUAUCUUUAGUGCUCAUUAUUCUUUCAUCAAACUUCUUCAUGCAAUUGUCGUGAUUUUGUCAAACGAACUUCAAUCAAGCAACCAACCACUCCCACCCAUCAUGUCCGAAUAUCGUGAUAUGAGUAUGAUCGAUCUUUACUCCAGUCUUGGGUAUGAGAAGAAGAGCUCAAGGCGGAAGUACGAAACUCUCGAUGCUGCUACGCAAUCCUUCUUCCGUGAAUACGUCGACCGGGGACACAAGUUGUCACUGAGCAAAGUGAACGUCGAGGCGGCUCGACUCUGUGCUCUGAACUUUCUGCACGAGGAUGAUCGAGGAGAAUAUUACUGGCCUGUCAAUUCUGAGGGGAUCCUUGAAUGGACUAGCGAUCAGCAUCGUGAGACGAUCACUGAUAUACUCACUCAAAUCUUCCGGAAGAAAGCAUUCUCGGAUUAUGUCAAAGGAAGAAAGGAGAUCAGAGAUGGCGAGGCGGAGGCGGAAGCGGAGGCGGAGGAAUUUCAGGAUGAAAAACCCAAGCGCGUGAGGAAGAGACCGAGGAAAAACAAGCACAGAGUAAGUAGAGCAAGUAGAGUAAGCAGAGUAAGGGGAGCAAGCGGAGUAAGCAUUCAGCUCCUUGUUUUGAAGUCGGUCUAAUUCAUGGCAAGGAUGGCGGUGACGACGAUCUAAGUAAGAUUUCCAAGGAGCCAACGCAGAACGAGAAGGCUUGUAUCCCUUCAAAACUCGAGCUCAAUACUGUUAAGUUCUGGAAGACCCCACCAGAAGAGCCUUG